AUGACUUUCAGUUUCCUCACACUUGCCUUCUCAUUCAUUUUUCUCUUUAACUGUUACUCUACUCCUCUCUUUCUGUCUGGCGUUCCUGCCCUGCAGGGGUGGCAGGGCCUCAUAGCUCAGGGAUGUCACUCCAGUAUUCUCAUAAUCGAUCCAAAGACAGCCCAGACCAUCCAAGUGCUGGAAAGACACAAAGCAAAUGUGGUCAAGGUGAAAUGGUCCAGGGAAAAUUACUACCACAAUUUAAGCUCGCCCUACUGUCUGCGGCUGGCCUCGGGAGAUGCCUCGGGGAAGAUCAUAGUGUGGGAUGUGGUCAGCGGCACGGCCCACUGUGAGAUCCAGGAGCACUCCAAGCCCAUCCAGGACUUGGAGUGGUUGUGGAAUCAAGAUGCAUCUCGUGACCUCCUCUUGGCCGUCCACCCUCCCAACUACAUCGUUCUGUGGAAUGGAGACACAGGCACCAAGCUGUGGAAGAAGAGCUAUGCUGAGAACAUCCUCUCUUUUUCCUUUGACCCCUUUGACCCCUCCAACAUGGCGCUGCUGACCAGUGAAGGAAUAGUCUUUAUCACAGACUUCUCCCACUCCAAACCACCAGGCAGUGCUGGCAAAAAGGUCUACAUUGCCAGCCCUCAUGCAAGCCCAGCACACACUAAACCUGCACCUGCUGCUGCUCCAGCCCCGACCGGUGCCAAGAAGGCCCUUAACAAGGUCAAAGUGCUCAUCACCAAUGAAAAACCCACCGCGGAGGCGGUGACGUUGAAUGACUGUCUGCAGCUGUCCUACCUGCCAUCCAAGAGGAACCACAUGCUGCUGCUUUAUCCCAGAGAGAUUUUAAUCCUGGACUUGGAGCUCAGCCAGACAGUGGGUGUGGUGGCCAUCGAGCGCUCCGGUGUUCCCUUCAUUCAGGUGAUUCCCUGCGCUCAGCGGGAUGCCCUCUACUGUCUCCAUGAGAAUGGUUGUAUCACUCUCCGAGUGUGUCGCUCCACUGCCGCUCCAGAAGAAGCAGCAGACCCAGAACAGAGUGUUCAGGAGCUUGUGUAUGACCUGCGUUCUCAGUGUGACGCAAUCCGAGUCACCAAGACAGUCCGACCGUAUCGCAUGGUUAUAUGUCCCGUCAACGAAAACAACGCUGCUCUCAUGGUCAGCGAUGGCAGAGUCAUGCUGUGGGAGCUCAAAGCCUACACCGGGAGGGCUGCUGCCAAUCCUAAUUCGGGCCUGUCGCCUCUGUACUCUCCCGUGUCGUUUUGUGGAGCUCCGCUGGGCCCAAACCAGAAAAGGAUUCAGGAUCUCUCUCUCAACAGCAUGAUUGGUCAGACCUUGAUAGCUGGUGAGACUCCUCCUCCAUCAUCCAAUCAGCAGGAGGUGCAGUUGAAGUUCCUGCUGACUGGCCUGCUGUCUGGUCUGCCGCUGCCACCAUUUGCCCUCCGCAUGUGUCCACCGCUUACCACCAAAAACAUCAACCAUUACCAGCCCCUCCUGGCUGUAGGUAGGUGGUAGUGCACUGCUGACACA